AGUGACGUCUACAUCCAGUCUUUACGAAUGUGUACAAUGUCAGCCUUUCGCUAAAAAAAAUUCUUCAUUUCUUUUCACUGUUUUGUUGACUUUUCGUGUGUUUUACAAAACGAAAAACGAAAAUUGAUUAAAUUUCAAUCAAAUUGCUUCAUCAUUUCGAUUUAAUUUUCGAUUGAUCAACAAACGGCGCAUCUAUUUGCGAUGGCAUCUCGAGGUGGGCCAAUGAUAACGGGUACAGACGGUGCUGAUUUUGAGCAUCGACAACGGGUCGCUGCACAUUACCAAAUCAGUGCCCUAAACAAAUCUCGGCUCAAAUAUUGCAUAUUCUUUCACUUUUUGCUCUUUUUCGCAAUGCUAGCAAAAUUGUCUGCAGACAUCUUAGAUCGUUUGGAUAUUUUCAUAUUGGAAAUUGAGGAAUUACAAGUGCCGGCACCAUUGUGGUGGGAAUACAUUUGGUGCACCUCGAUAUUGGUGUCAUUCAUUGGAUUGUCAGCUGCCAAAGGCAAUCGCGUCAAUGAUAUGAAAAAAUACAUUAUUGGUUUAAUUGUUACCGCUUUACUGCCGCUUCUAUAUUGCGCAAUUUACUAUUUUUCGGACAUUGUCGAGUACAUGACCUUAGACGAACAGACUGACAUUGAAGACACCAAGAUUUUUGUGUGGAGGGGUAAACCAUACGCAUUGAUCUGGUACGCAUUUUUUUUGGUGGCCAUACAAGUGCACGGCAUGUCCAUAUUCUUUGCAUGGAAUUUAGUACAAGCCUGGCGAUCACGAACCGCUUCACGAAAACUACAAUAGACUCUUCAACGAAAUAUUAACUAACCUAAAACGCACUGCAUAAAAAGAAAAUUACUUAAUUUAUUUUGAAUUGUGGAGUUUUGUUCAACAGAAAUAAAAAAGAAAGUAUUGUUUAAAUCUUUUUCAAUCA